CAUCAGUUGACAUUUCGUCACGUCUUGUUUUUGGUGGUUGUGUUGUGAUAUUUUUGGUGUUUGUUUAUAAAAUAAUAAUAAUUUAUUUACUUUAUAUGUCUAAGCAGUUAAUAGUGAAUUACUUCUAUCUCUAAGCAACAUGUCGGAGUCAUCAAAAUCGAAAUCUUCAUUAAAUUUAAACCCGUCGCCUACUUUGCAAUAUAAAGAUCUUCAUGAAUACCUGAAAAGUCGAACUCCACAGUUUUUGGAAACACUAUACAACUAUCCUACAAUUUGUUUGGCAGUAUACCGGGAACUGCCUGAACUUGCUCGGCACUUCGUAAUACGCCUGCUAUUCGUUGAACAGCCUGUGCCACAAGCGGUGGUAACAUCGUGGGUAUCUCAAACCUUUGCCAAGGAACAGAAUAAAGCAUGUGAGGCCUUAUCUGAGCUGUCAGUAUGGCAAGAGGCACCCAUUCCCGGUGGAAUGCCUGGGUGGAUGCUGGCGCAGUCUUUCAAGAAGAAUUUGAAGGUUUCUCUUUUGGGAGGCGGACGGCCGUGGAGCCUCUCGUCUUCCCUGGAGCCGGACGGCAAGGCGCGCGACGUGGCGUUCCUGGACGCGUACGCGCUGGAGCGCUGGGAGUGCGUGCUGCACUACAUGGUGGGCAGCACGCAGACCGAGGGCAUCAGCGCCGACGCCGUGCGCAUCCUGCUGCACGCCGGCCUCAUGACCAGAGACGCUGAAGAUAAUUCCGCAGUGAUAACACGCGCUGGGUUUCAAUUUCUGCUAUUGAGUACUCCAAAACAGGUGUGGCUGUUCCUGCAGCACUAUCUGCUGACGGCGGAGAAGCGCUCCAUGAGCGCCGCCGAGUGCCUGGCCUUCCUCUACCAGCUCAGCUUCAGCACUUUGGGAAAGGAUUACAGUACAGAGGGAAUGAGCAACAACAUGUUAGUAUUUUUGCAACACUUGAGAGAGUUCGGACUGGUUUACCAAAGGAAGCGCAAAGCCGGUCGCUUCUACCCGACGCGGCUGGCGCUGAACAUCGCGCGCGUUCGCGAUACGGGCGCGGCGCCGGCGGGACGCGCGGGGUACCUCGUGGCGGAGACCAACUACCGCGUGUACGCCUACACGCAGUCCAACCUGCAGGUGGCGCUCCUCGGGCUCUUCACCGAGCUCGUCUACAGGUUCCCAAAUCUCGUGGUGGGCGUAUUAACUCGUGAGUCGGUUCGGAUGGCGCUUCGCGGCGGCAUCACGGCUGAUCAGCUCAUACACUACCUCGAGCAACACUCGCAUCCGCAGAUGCUGCAGACGGAGACCGGCGGCAUCCGCAGCAGCGGCGUGCUGCCGCCCACCGUGGUGGACCAGGUGCGGCUGUGGGAGACCGAGCGCAACCGCUUCAGCUACACCGACGGCGUCAUCUACAACCAGUUCCUGUCCAGUGCGGACUUCGUGGUACUGCGGGACUACGCCAAGAGCGCGGGAGUACUAACGUGGGAAAGCGAGCGGACGCGCACCAUGGUCGUGACGCGCGCGGGACACGACGACGUCAAGAAGUUCUGGAAGCGAUACUCCAAGAGCUCGUAGGCGAAUGUACUAAACAUUACUUACUGUUGACUUCCACUUAGGCCUCAGCCUCGAAUUUAGCGGGCAGCGGGGCGGCGGCGGUAGCGGCGCGGGAGCGGCAGGAUCUUAUGCGUAAAA